CAGGCCCUAGUGUGUUUGGUUGCACCGCGGCUUUGGCGCAUUUUCGGCUGGUUUGAUUCAUCCAUUUUGAAGAGACGGGGGAGCGGGGGGCUCGUCUGAUUAAGGGGCCCUGAACGAAGGAGCGGCGGAGUUUGAGAAGCCGGCAGCUCGGGGCUCGGCGGCAGCGGCCUCAUCGGCCGAAGUUGGGGGGGGUGGGGCGCCGAGCGCGCGGGGAGGGGGGGGUCCUGGUCUUUGGCUUCUCGACUCGGUCCUGUUUCGACAGCGAACAUGUCUCGGCCUGUCAGAAAUAGGAAGGUCGUUGAUUAUUCACAAUUUCAGGAAUCUGAUGAUGCUGAUGAAGAUUAUGGAAGAGAUUCGGGCCCUCCAACUAAGAAAAUUCGAUCAUCUCCCCGAGAAGCUAAAAAUAAGAGACGAUCUGGAAAGAAUUCACAGGAAGAUAGUGAGGACUCAGAAGAAAAAGAUGUGAAGACCAAGAAGGAUGAUUCUCACUCAGCAGAGGACAGUGAAGAUGAAAAAGAAGAUCAUAAAAAUGUGCGCCAGCAACGGCAGGCUGCCUCUAAAGCAGCUUCUAAACAGAGAGAGAUGCUCAUGGAAGAUGUGGGCAGUGAAGAAGAACAAGAGGAGGAGGAUGAGGCACCAUUCCAGGAGAAUUCCGGCAGUGAUGAAGAUUUCCUAAUGGAAGACGACGAUGAUAGUGACUACGGCAGUUCAAAAAAGAAAAACAAAAAGAUGGUUAAGAAGUCCAAACCUGAGAGAAAAGAAAAGAAAAUGCCCAAACCCAGGCUAAAGGCUACAGUGACACCAAGUCCUGUGAAAGGCAAAGGGAAAGUGGGUCGCCCCACAGCUUCAAAGGCAUCAAAGGAAAAGACUCCUUCUCCCAAAGAAGAAGAUGAGGAACCAGAAAGCCCUCCAGAAAAGAAGACAUCUGCAAGCCCUCCACCGGAGAAAUCUGGGGAUGAAGGGUCCGAAGAUGAAGCCCAGUCUGGGGAGGAUUAGAAGUGAUGAUGGUUUGGGGAGAGGUUUUAUUAAAAAAAGAGGAAAAAAAAGAAAAAAGAAAAGGGGGGGGGGGCAAAAAAAGAAAACCUACUUAAGGUAGAAUAUGGUUUUGGCUAUGGCUUGACUCAUAGGCUUUCAGUGCUUUUUUCCUUUUGUUGAAAAUAACAUUUUCUCUCUUUUUUUUUAAGAAAACCAUUGUAUGUUUAAUUUACCUUUUUGUCUAUUGGUCUUCUCUUUGCCACCAUCCUCUUCCCCAUGAAAGCCACAUCAAAUUAAUCACUGGAUUGACUGCUUCAUCUUUUUAUUUUUAAUGGAAGGUAUACCACAGUUGUAAAGCAAUAAGAUUUGCAUGAACACUAUGGAAAUUUUGCUUUUUGCCAACUGGUAGCAAAUUGAACAGUAAUCAAAAAACAUAGAGGGUUUUACUUAAAAAUGAUUGCUUCUUUCUCUACCUAGACUUUUAAAAAAAAUCAAUUGUCAUCUAAUACGAGUUUAUAUAUCUGUAUACAAAAGUAUGGAUAUCUAAAAAAUCAUGACUUUCAACUUCCACUGAUGGGGCAGAUAGGAGAUAAAGAUGAAUUCUGAAUUGUUACUAAAAGUAUUCAUGUUUUUUACCUUGGGGGCAGGGCAGAGAAUGGGGUUACCUGACCUUGUUUGAGGGUAUGGGUUUUUUUUUUUUUUUACUUCAUCACUUGUUAUCUCAGAGAGACUCAGAGCCAGCGAUCCUUUUAUCCUGCUACAGUCUUUAAGGAACUUAAAAAAAAAAAAAAAGCAAAGGCUGCCAAAACUUAAAUCACUUUUGAUUUUUUAUUUCAUUCUCUAAUGGUUCAUGUUUUAAAAUAUGUAUGUGUCUAUUCUGUUUCUUGGAUAAAAUUUUACCAAGGAUCCAAAAAAGAAAAAAAAAAACCUAGACUCUAAAUGGCAAGAUCUAUAUACAUCACAAUGGAUUUCUUCUCAAACUGACAGUGUUUAGGUUUUAAGCAAAUAAAGUACCAGUUAAUGUGAAACUCAA